UUCAGUAGGUUCAGCAGAUAGUCAAGAACGCCUCUCCAACCAACCAGGUCGCAGUCCGCAGACAGAUCGAACCUUUUAGCUUCGACUUCCCUUAUACGUACCUUGCAAAGUAUUUCACAGCCAUACACAUUCAAAUACGUUUUGUCUGAAAUUCCAUUAUCGAAAAACCUCCUGCAAUUAAACAAAAUUUCUAUCGGCAAUUAUCUGUCGAUUCGAUGUUUGAAGGUGAAUUUCGGGAGCGUGGAUAUUGAUGUUGAUUUCAUACAGAAACAUCUCAGCAAAUAGUUGUGUGAGAACUCGGCUGCAGUAACCUGUUUUAACAUCCGGGGGUCGUUGGAGUUAUUCGGAGAAGUUGUAAAGUUAUUCCAACUUUCCACAAGCAGAGUGCAAAAAUAUGUGCGUGAAACAUGUUCGUCACUGAAAAAUGGGAAUGUGACCAAAGGGAGUGUUACAAUUACUUCCCACGUAGUGAGAGCCUCAGCAGAAAUAUAAUCCCCACAUUGGAAAUAAAUUAGUGCAGCUUUUUCAAGGGUGGAAACAGUGGUGUUGAGAUCAAAAUGCAGGAAGCCAAAAUGUGCAGUGUUCCAUGUUUUGGCUAAACAAGCAUUAAGAAUGCAGUAAUAAAUCAUACAAAGUGUGGUAGUUUAUAAAUAUAGUGCAAUAUUUUGCAAAAAAAUAUAUACUGACAAGAUCAGUGUAGAUAAUUUAUUCUGCAAAGCAGAAGAUUUUGGUGAUAAAUUACACAGUGAAGACAGAAUAAAAUGGAUGAACGACUGCUGAACGAUCUACUGGAGUGCUCCGUUUGUCUGGAACGAUUGGAUACAUCUUCCAAGGUGUUGCCAUGUCAGCAUACUUUCUGUCGGAAAUGCUUGGAGGAAAUUGUGGCUAGCCACCAGGAGCUACGGUGUCCAGAAUGUCGAGUUUUGGUGGAUAUCAAAAUCGAUGAACUACCGCCCAACGUGCUGUUAAUGCGUAUCCUGGAAGGUAUGAAAACAGCUGAGUUAAAUAAUCAAAAUAUAAACAUAAACAAAGCGACUCGCACUGGCGUUGGGGGUGGAGGGCCAAACAUCUUCAGUCUACAAGUUCAACAGCAACAACAAAAUCACCCAAGCAUAGCUUAUCAGAACCAGGGUUCAUCACAGCACCAGCCACAGCAGCAUGUGAAAAAUAAUAAAACUGACCAGCUUCACCUGCAGUCCCACAAUCAGAACCAGACGCAGCAGCUAGGUCAGCAGCAGCAGCAUGCGGUGAACCGUAUCAUUACACCCGCGUCAGGCAACAACGUGCUGGAUUUGUCCAAAAUCCCACACGCGAAGGCAUUCUACGACUUCGCCUCAAAUGAGACUAGUGAUAUAAGCUUCAGAAAAGGAGAUAUAAUUAUACUGAAGAAAAAAAUCGACCAUAACUGGUGUGUAGGAGAAGUUAACGGAAAAGAAGGAGCCGUUCCGUUGAACCAUUUGCAAGUGAUCGUACCCCUACCAUAUCCACAGUGUAAGGCCCUGUACGAUUUUAGUAUGGGACCUAAUGAGGAAGAAGGCUGCCUCACAUUCAAGAAAGGUUCUUUAAUUCACGUACUUCGACGAGUGGACCAAAACUGGGCCGAAGGCCGAAUCGGAGAUAAAAUUGGAAUCUUUCCUAUUUCUUUUGUUGAGAUGAAUAUACUCGGGAAGCAACUGAUGGACGCAGCUAUGAAACACUUGCUAGCUAAUGCGACGAACAAUCGCACUGUUCCACCAACUCCGUUCGAUCUGAAUGCCAGUGAUACUACAAGCUCCAGUGUAACAACGAGUCCAAACUCUUCCGCGAGUACUACAAGCUCGAACUCUAGUACUGCUCCAAGUAGUCCAACUUCACACUUCAUGACAUCUGCGGCAACCGCAACUGCUGUAACAGCCAGUACCAGUGUACAUCCAAACCGGGAUCAUAAAGAGAAACGUCACUCUUUGACGACAUUUGCAGCUAGUUCUAAUGCAGGACCCACUGUAGGUGGAUCUCUUCAUCAACCUAAUCGACAUUCUGAAGAAAUUCUCAAUGUUGGGGAAACUGAGCGAUCGCAACUACAAUCAAACACUAAAACUGCCGCACCUUCCACGACGUCGUCAGAUUCACAUUCACAGGCUAAUCGACCGGACGUACUAAACUAUCAAAAAUCAAACAUAGGCAAAACAAGCCAGAUAUAUAAUCAGCAUCCGCAACUACCUGCCACAUAUGUUGCUCUCUACCCUUACAAACCUCAAAAGCCGGAUGAGCUGGAGCUUAAAAAAGGAUCAAUCUACUAUGUUACGGAACGUUGUAAGGAUGGUUGGUUCAAAGGAGCUAAUCGACAACAAAAGACUGGGGUUUUUCCCGGUAACUACGUGACUGUUUACAAGGGUCGUGAACCUGGCCAAUCCAGCCGCAGCCCCAAUCCCCAGGGACCAUCUACCAGUGCACAGAAUCCGUCCAAUAACCUAACACAAAUUACACUACCUGCCUUACCGCCUAGAGAUAGCCCAACAAGUUCGACUGCCCUCGUAUGGACAAAACCACAGGUGCAAACAGGCAACUAUAUAGAUUCUUUGUUCGGAAGGAAAUCCGGAAGUGUCCCCGCAGACAAAAAUGCACCAGUCAAUACUAAUCCACCCACAACAAGCGGAGAGAACGUACAAGGAACUUGUCCAACUUCAAAAGAAAAGAAAGACUCAUCAGCGGUGAGUUUAAUGAAACGUCUUACCAACAUAAAGCGAUCAAAAUCACCAACCAAUCUGAGUAGUGGUGGCAAUACGAAUCCUGCUUACUCAAUGGAUAAUCCAACGUUUGAUGACAGUACGAUGGCAACUGCCUCAACAAUUGUCAAGCCAAAUCUUCAACAAAUGAUUAAUCCCGUGCACGUGAGAUCUGGAUCAUGUCCAAGUCAGCUGUUACAAUCUGUUCCGGUGGAGCAAAUGCUUGCCCAUGGGCGGGAAAAUGUUCCUUACAUGUAUGGCUCUCAAAGGGUAAAGCCCCACAAAGAAAGGCCGUCGAUGCAUGGGUUAAAAAGUGAUAGCGCGGGAAAAGAUGCGACAAAACAUUUCGCUAAACUUGUUCAACAGAAAUCGCACGAGGCACCGGCCACCACUUCGGCAUCAUGCGUAUCAGAACAUGGCGCUAAACAAUCUCAAGCUUACCACCGGAAAUCUCAAAGCCUGGAUGCUUCCGCAAUUAUCAGUCAAAUGAAUGGAACGCCAUCGAAAUCAAAGUCACACUCGCAAGCAGUACGGGAACGGUUCAAAUGUAUUGUCCCAUACCCACCGAAUAGCGAGUACGAAUUGGAACUGCGUGUUGGUGACGUGGUUCUAGUUCACAAAAAGCGUGACAAUGGUUGGUAUAAGGGAACACAUCAGCGUUCCGGUAAGACCGGUUUAUUUCCGGCGUCUUUUGUCGAGCCAGAUAUUUGAUAUCGGAAUUAGGUAUUCGAACGAAUUUUCCUCCACUUCCAGUGAAACCGAAUGCGUUACGCAUUUGUUUAGAUCCCGUGCUCUAGUAAUAAUAGAAGACACCGUCGUCGAUUUUGUGUUAUAUUUCGUGAUGAUGUUGAUAGCCGUACAUAAUUUAGCAAUCCAAUUGAACAAUUUUAGGGUUCCGAAUAAUAACAUAUAAAUCAUUGGAGCAACACCUUGAAUUAGGCCAACAAAAGUGCAAAUUUGUACCUAAUUGUUCUCUAUUAGGUCUUUUCAAAGUCUGAUUGAGUGAAUAGAUAGUUAUAUCAUGUUUUUAAAACGUUAUAUUUGUCUCGGUAUAAGAGGGAAUCCAAAUUAAUUGUAUUUUAGAGUAGAAAGUUGUACUGAGCAAACUUAACGUAUUCAUUUCGAAUCUACAGUUUCACUAAUUAUUCUCAGAAUCUAAUCUUGUGCAUUUACAUAAUCUAAUCGAGCAUGUAUAUCCGUACUACAGAUCUCGUGUGUCUACAACUAAAAUCGUUUACUCAUUCCCGAUAUUAUCAAAAUAGCAAAAACUGAGUUUAAUGUACAAACAUUUUCCUAACACACUAGCCCAAUCGUGAAUGUCGUGUUGAAACGCAAAUGUUUGUAACCAAUAGUGAAAACGAAACUAUCCAUCUAGCAAAAUUUUUAAGCAACAGUAUAAUCUUACAUAACGUGUUUGAUGUACAUCAAAACUAAUGAUAGCGCCAAUUUAUAUUUCAAACCAUGAUGCAACCUAACAUAUAUUUGUCUAACAACACUGGCUCUAUAGAAAAAUGUUCUGUUAUUUCGCGAAAAACUAACCUAAAAGUAAAUGUUUAAUCAAAAAUCGUGCAAAAUCCUAGAAAGAUAUAAAACCAAGCGAUCCACUUUUUGCGCAAAAUGCUAAAAUAUGUUUUAAUGUUGAACUUACUAGAAUAUUCAAUUUACCCAUUGAUUUCGGUACAACAAAUAAAGAGAAAAAUAGCAAAGAGAAAUUAUGUCGUCUGUACUUAAAUAAAUCAAAACAAUGAACGAUAGAACAAAGAGCAAAAUCAACCAGCAGGCACAAGUCUAGAAAAUCGUUCUUUGAAACACAAAAAAAGAUGCCUUCUAUGAAUGGAAUAAAAACAAACCUGAAUAGUCUGAACAGUAGAGACAUUUUUGUGCCUCUGGAAAAGUGUUUGUGCAUGAUGAUGACAGAAUUUUUUUCUUUGUCAUUGGUCACCGUGUCACCAUGUUGCACACUUAAUGCCAUCUGAGAUUUUCGAUAGAGCAUUUUUGGCAGUUGAAAUCAUAAACAAUGUGAAACAGGUAUACUCGUACUUUAAAAUAAAUUAUAAAUUAUAGAAUUGAA